AUGGGUCGCAAGAAAAUUCAAAUCACCAGGAUACAGGAUGAGAGAAAUCGACAGGUGACCUUCACCAAACGAAAGUUUGGAUUAAUGAAGAAAGCCUACGAGCUCUCCGUCCUCUGUGACUGUGAAAUUGCACUCAUCGUCUUCAACUCAACCAACAAACUGUUUCAAUACGCUUCCACUGAUAUGGAUAAAGUGUUAUUAAAGUACACUGAAUACAAUGAACCUCACGAAUCUCGUACAAACAACGAUAUAAUGGAUGCAUUAAAUCGGAAAGAGGGGAAUAAUGGUGGAGGAGGAUCCGAUGAUGACAGUCCUGGACCAUCGAUUUCUCCCGCUAUUCAAAUUCCAAUCCCGGCUGUUAAUGGACAUAACUCUAAUCAGAACAACUCUGUUGCAAGCGCUUCUUCGGCUUCUGCUGCCGCGGUUGCCGCUGCCGCAGCUGCCGUUGCUGCCGUUGAAGGAACAUCUUCGGGUGCAGCAGCAGCGGCUGCCGCCUUGCAGGCAUCUAACGCUCAAAGACAUCACAAUUUGAACCUAUACCAGAACCUGAUUUUCAAUCCGAACUACACCAGACACUUGCCACAACGAAAUGACCCUCUGACUUCCUCCUCUUCCGCUGCUCCCUCUUCGUCCUCCUCUUCCUCCAAACAUCUCGAUUUCCCGCCUUCCACGUCCUUCGCUUAUGAUACUUCUCGUCUUCAUCCCCUUGCCGCUGCCGAUGCUGAUUGCGAUCUUGUACCGUCGUCUCGAGCUGCUGAUCAGAAUAUAUGGUCGACUAAUCUACAACAACGACCUGUAUCACAACCGGCUCCAAGCACAAGCAACCUAUCGGCAAACGGAAUUUCAAAUGGCUCAUCUUCUCUGUUAUCCCCUAAUAUUUCUUCUCUCAAUGGACACUCUGUACUGGAUUUGGGCGGUCCCAUACCUCCAUACAAAAUGGACCCGAAUGCAUAUAUCAAAGUGGAACCACAUUCUCCGCCUCAAAAAAGACCAAGGAUUACAACAGAAUGGAGGCAGCAACAGUUGACAUGA